AUGGCUGCAUACCACGUCAGGGCUAAAGAGUUAAUGUCUAAGUUUCAAGACUGCUUCAUCGAGCAAAUACCACGUGAACAGAAUAACAAAGCUGGCCUUAUAGCACGUAUGGCCAGCGUAGUCAAACACAGCUGGAUGAACUCGGUGACUCUGCUCUUUGAGCCUAGUCCAGAAGGGAAACAGGGUUAUGGAUCACCAAGAGUGCUCAUUUCAGAUAAUGGGUCACAGUUCAUAGGGAAGCAGAUAGGGGAAUUCUGCCACAGAAUGGAUAUCUUGCAAGGCUUUGUGUAUGUGGCUCACCCACAUGCUAAUGGUCAGGUGGAGCUCACCAAUCGCACAAUAUGUGAAGGGUUGAAAAAGCGGCUUGAAAAGAGCAAGGAAAGAUGGGCAGAAGAGUUUGACGGUGUCUUGUGGGCUCAUCGAACCAGCCCAAAAAUGGCUACAGGGGAGGCACCAUUUACACUAGUGUAUGGUUCCAACAAUGUCAUACUAGCAGAGGUACGCUUGGCCUCACAUAGAAUUUUGCAUUACGACCCCAUCCAAAAUGACGAACUUUGA